AUGAAUUGGUUGCUACGUAUAAUUGCUGUUGAGAUAAAAAUGCAUGGGCAUCGAAAUUUGCCUACAACAUUGGUCUUAUUAUUCAAUAGACCUAUUGAGAAAAAGAACAAUGUUCUUGGAUCCGAAUUAUUGCAGUCCCAAUCAUCCAACAAUUCAUUUGAACAUUCAACAUUGAAUAGAGACCCCGAUAAUGGUAAAAAGUUACUGAGCUUGUUAGAAAUUGUGAACCUUGAAUUUGAAUUAACUUUUGAAGAUUUGCCCAAACUAAAAUAUAUAGAACCAACAAUUAUUAAUCAAUUAAUAAGCAAGUGUGAAAUUCCGGGUAAAGUUCCAUUAAUAGAUGCUAAGCAGUUGCAUUUGAUACUGAUGAAUGAUUUAAAAUCAAUUGAUAGUUCUUCAAUUGUUAAAACUAGUUUGCUCCAAGAAAUUCAAGAGUUGCUAGAGUAUGCUGUAAGAAUGAAUGAUAAGCGCCUCCGAGUUAGUUGUAUGGUAAAGUAUAUUGAUGCCUGGCAUCAAUUGACUGCUGUUAUAUGCAACAUGGCUAAUUUACCAUUUAUGGAGUUCCAACAACAUUUCAAAUUUAUAAUUGAUCUUUUGAUAUUGCUACAAAGCAAGGUGAUUCUUUAUCCAAAAAUGUCAGAUUUAUCUACACUCAUCACAAAUUCUCAUUUACUUUUGUUAAUACAUUUGAACAAUACCAUAUACCAACAUUUAGAGCUUUGUGAUGUAAAUCCUGAAAUGUAUUUAAGGUCAUUUUUUACUGGACAAUCUAGUGUUUUCUCUAGCAUGUUUCAAAAUAUACUUAAAUGUAUACAACUAUCAGGUUCACAAAAAUUACGAACUAGCUUAUAUUCAUCAUUAAUAGCAUUGAUUAAUCUUAUGGCUACUUACAGUCGAACAUUAACUAAUGGAAACUUUAAAGAAAACAGUAUUUUAUUUACUGCUACAAAUAAACAGAUUCUUAAUUCCAAGUCUAUUGAGUUCAUUAAGUCUGCACAUUUUGACCAAUACUUAAGUGUUCAAAUCUUGGACAUAAUUUGUGUUGACUUGACAUCUGGUCAUGAUAUAUGCAAUAUACUAUCAUAUACAAUAUGUGAACUUUUGAUUGAUAUCCAUCCAACAUUUAUUAGUUAUAUAUCUGAUAAAGGUUACCUCAAAAACAUUAUAUCUAGCCUUUUAGAAUCAGAUUCAGAACUCAAAGAUUUGAUUUCAACAAAAAAUAAAACCCUGAAACCCAUUUAUGUAUAUGAAAGUAAAAUGAGUCUUUUAAAUAAAAUUGCUACUUACAAGACUGGCGCUGAUGCUUUACUUAAUCAUCAAGCUAUAGCGUGUUUGUCAUUAAUGAAUGCAAUUGAUGCUCAUCCAAAUUUAGAAGCAAGUUUCAAACGUUCUAUAAAAAAAUCAAUGCCGGAUGAAGGUGAUAGAUACAUGAUGAUAUGUUCACCAGCAAUGUGUUUAUGCCAAACAGUUUUAAGUACACAGGGAAAUACAAAUAUGACUUCUAUCCUCCAAGUUGUCUUUUAUUUAGUUAGUCAUCGCGACACAGUGAAAAUUGCUCUUACUAAUCCAGCACCAUUGUGUGAGCAAUGGUAUCUUAAAGAACUUUAUCAAUUAACAUCUUUGUUUGUUUAUAUUACUAAUGAUGAUACAAAUUCGGAAAUCAAUUCAAGUGGUGACAAGGAUAUUGCUGGAUUAUUUUAUCAAUAUAGUAUGUUAUUGCGAAGAACUUUAAAACGAUUUUGUCUUAAUUCAUCCGUAAUGCUUAAAAAAUGUUCUGAAGAAUCUAAUCCAAAUUAUGAUGAAACAAGUGUUACUUUAUAUUUAAGAAUAACAUUAAACUUAUUAAAUUAUGUAUCAAAUUUAAUGGAUGGUGGAUUAGCGAGUGGUCAGAAAUUUAAAAGACCGAUUUUGGAUAUUUCUGUAUCCACUGAUUCAGUAAUCGAAAAUGAAUCUCAUGGUGAUUUUAAAACUGGUAACAUUUUGUCAAUGAACACAAUUAUCACAAUAAUGGUUGAUACUGUCGAACAUUAUUUUGUGCAAGUUAAUACUGAAACUAAGGCUGAAAAUGGAAAAUCGCCUAUUCAAUUAUUUGGUGAAAGUAGCAAUGAAACUGAGAUAGAAAAUAAGGAUAUUGGUGACCAAUGUCAACAUAUACUUUGUAAACAAAUAGUUGAAGUAUGUCUUUAUAUUUUGUGGGUUCACACAAAUUAUUAUUUUACUCAAAGUCCUGUUCAACUUUUUCAUAGUCCUAAAGGAUUAAACAGAUCAAGAAGUUCAAACAAUGAUGAUGAUGGAGUAACAUCUGAUGAAUUAAAAGUAUUAAGACAGGAAUUGGUGAAAGUGUUUAAUAAAGCAUUUCUUGAAAAACUUUAUGCAACAAAUGAAGACAAACCUGAUGAUAGUUUUAUACAUUACAUGGUUCACAAGAUAAAAAAACUGUUACAAUUUGUUGAUUCUAAAAGAUUAAGUAAUUAA